CUGCCUAGGCGGAAAGUUUCCGAGAGUAGCGCGGGAGCUGAGAAGUUGGAGGCUCGGGUUCAUCUGCGGAAGGCCUUGAGCAGUUUGUUCCGCUGUCUUCCUGCUUCCAGGUUCCCCGACUGCGUCCCCACGAACUCCCCGUCCUUACCGCUUGCUGCUGUGGAGUGCCUCGCUGUCUCCCAGGUCCCCGAGUGAGCGUCGAGUGGGACCUCUGUGGCGAAGGAAGGCCUGUGUGGGUGGCACUGAGAGGUUCCUGGUUUCAGAGAAGAUGACCGAAGAACUGGAUUUCCUGGGACAGGACUCUGAUGGGGGUAGUGAGGAAGUGGUCCUAACUCCUGCAGAGCUCAUUGAAAGGUUGGAGCAGGCCUGGAUGAAUGAAAAGUUUGCCCCUGAGCUGCUGGAGAGCAAGCCUGAGAUUGUAGAAUGUGUCGUGGAACAGCUGGAGCACAUGGAAGAAAAUCUCAGGAGAGCCAAAAGGGAGGACCUGAAGGUCAGCAUCCACCAAAUGGAGAUGGAGAGGAUCCGCUACGUCCUCAGCAGCUACUUGCGGUGUCGCCUCAUGAAGAUAGAGAAGUUUUUCCCUCAUGUCCUUGAGAAGGAGAAAACCCGGCCCGAGGGGGAGCCUUCCAGCCUCUCCCCGGAAGAGUUGGCCUUUGCCAGAGAGUUCAUGGUGAACACAGAGACCUAUCUGAAAAAUGUCGCCUUGAAGCACAUGCCCCCUAACUUACAGAAGGUGGACCUCUUUCGGGCAGCUGCUGCCCUGUACGUGUCCGACUGCACGAAGCCCUUUACAUCCUCUAAAGCCACAGUAAAUUGCUCCAUUUCCUAAGUUACCUCUUCAAGAAGACUGGUUUUGAUAUGUCAUUUUUAAAUAAAGGAGAAGUUGAAUUUCAAAACCAAGUGGAACAGGAAAUGAUGUGACUUGGUUGACAUUGAUGUUAACAUUUGGUUCAUGGUGAGUGUUUUGCUUUCUUGUUAAAAACUCGCCGCUAAAAGCAUGACAGAACAUUUUAUCAAAUGAUGGCAUCAUCCUUUACCAUAAGUUUGCCCCUAGUAAGACAGCUCUUCCUGAGACGUGCUUGCAGGUCCCUGUGUGGGUUUUCCCACUGCAGUCAUCAUCCGUCAUCUGUGAUGAAGUUUGAUGCGUUUACUCCAUGCUCAUGCCGCAGCAGCCCACCUGGCUUUGGCAUCGCCCUCAGAGGCAUCAAACUUUCCCAGCUGCAAUGUACAAGAGUUAGCCAGUAAGCUUGCAGAGUGCUUUGGUGUUUUUUUUUUUUUUGGUUUUUUUUUUUUGAGAUGUCGCC